AUGUGUAAUAACACACACCUUGACAGGCUUGACUUGAGUACAAUAACAUACGUUACUUAUUUUUGCCAAAUUCCCUGAUUCAACCAAGUGCCUAUGUUUACGUAACCGAUGAUGUCGACGGGCGGAAAUAUUUUCUGUUUCUCAACGGCUCUGAAUUAUGUUUCUGACUAAAAAACAAAAUACGAACCUGAAAUCGUUUUGGAUUUCUUGUGAACUGUCAAUUUAAUCAACCAGUCUAAGUACUCUUUCAAGGUACACAAAGUGCACUGCUCUCUUUCAUAUGAAUUAAGUGCGAUCUCUUAUCAUUGAUCGGUGACAUAAUAAAUAAUCUAGGUAAAUGAUCUUGCUGACUAGGCCCAAUCACAAGUACUUGCGUCUGGUUUCAAUGGUUCUAACCGAUAAAUUCCGAUAAAUAAGUGACCGACAAAUAACCGAUUUUUCGGUUAAUAAUUGAGACAAUGCGACCCAUACCGGAAAAGGCAUUGGACCAAUCAUAAACAAUAAGACAAAAAUGCAAGAUGUCGGCAAGAAAUGAUUCCUGGUAACAUCGAGCUUUCUGUUUCUAACUAAUGAGUGCUAAAAACUGAAAAAAGAUGAACAUAGACCGACAUUGGUCGCGGUCUCUAAUGCAUCGUGUAUUGAGUCCUGCUUAUUGUUCUGAUGGCAAAAUCAACCGGCCAUCAGCCGAUUAUUCAGUCACAAAGUCAAGCCCCGAAGCGUUAAAAAAAAUUUUUCUCAAGUAUGCAUCAUUGGAGGAAGAUGGAGAGAUGUUCAUGACUCCAGAGGAUUUUAUAAGGACAUUUUUAGGAAUGCAAAAAGAAGAUGACUACAACGUAGAAACAUUAAACUUAUUAUCUGGUGUUGUGGAUCAAACUAAAGAUGGGCUUAUAUCAUUCAGUGAAAUGCUUGCAUUUGAAUCCCUCCUCUGCAGUCCUGAUGCUCAAUUUCGCAUAGUGUUUCAACUGUUUGAUUUGGAUGGAAAAGGCUCUGUUAGUUUUGAUGAGUUCUCUAGAGUUAUAAAGAAAACCCAGCAACACCAAAAGUUUCCCUUCAAUUUUGAUUCUCCAUUUAUAACGCGGUUUUUUGGAGAAAACAAAUCGAAGGGAGUGCCAUAUAGCGAAUUUACGCAAUUAUUAGAGGAUUAUCAGAAAGAACAUAUAAAGCAAGCAUUUUAUCAGUGCAAGUUAAACAAAGGGACAAUUACUGCAAAAGAUUUUAGUACGAUAAUGAAAACCUGUCGUCCUCAUGUUUUAUCGCCUUAUACUCACGAGCACUUGUUAACGGUGGCAGGUGGUAUGACAAGUCAUGUAGUAACAUACGCGUAUUGCCUAGCGUUUAAUGAUCUUUUGGACAAUAUUAAAGUGAUUCAAUAUCUUUUCGAAAAAGCAGUAAGGGGUGACCGACAGAAAGAUAUGACCAAGGAGGAAUUCACUAAAGUGGCGCGCAAACAUUUUUUGAUAAACCCUUUGCAAAUUGAUAUAUUGUUUCACUUGUGCGGAUUAAGGCAUGGUACUGGCCGUAUUUCAUUGCUUGAUUUGGAUCACAUAAUACCCAAACCUGAUGUCUUUAAAGUUUACUCUGCUGAAAAUCACCAGUUCAGUCAGCACUCGUAUUUUCCUCAAGAGAAUGAGCGAGAUUUCCACAGACCUUAUUAUUUACAAGGUUUAGAACAUUUGUAUCGCUUUGUUGUGGGUGGCAUUGGUGGAGCUACCGGAGUUACAGCUGUGUAUCCCAUUGAUCUUGUAAAGACCAGAAUGCAGAACCAGCGCGCUGUUAGUGCGGAAGAAAGAUUAUACAAGAACAGUUUUGAUUGCUUUUUUAAAGUGCUUCGAAAUGAGGGAUUUCGUGGGUUGUAUAGAGGUAUCAUACCGCAAUUAAUUGGUGUGUCGCCUGAAAAAGCAAUUAAAUUGUCUACUAAUGAUUUUGUGAGAGACAGAUUGAAAGCUGAAGAUGGUUUUCUCACGCUCAGCGCCGAGAUCGUUGCCGGUGGUUGCGCUGGAGCAUCGCAAGUAAUGUUUACGAAUCCAAUUGAAAUUGUAAAAAUUCGUUUACAAGUGGCGGGCGAGAGUGGUCAGAAGAUCAACGCGGUGCAGACGGUCAGAGAACUUGGUCUUAAAGGUCUUUACAAGGGAGCAAGAGCAUGCUUUCUCCGGGACAUUCCGUUUUCCGCCAUCUACUUUCCUGUGUACGCUCAUUUAAAAUCAAGUUUCUCCGACGAAAAUGGAUUUACCAAAUGGUACAAUCUUCUCGCUGCGGCUGCUAUAGCUGGAUGCCCAGCAGCAUUCCUUUGUACGCCUUUUGAUGUUAUCAAGACUCGUCUUCAGGUAAAAGCACGUCAAGGGCAGGAAUCAUACCGUGGGGUGUUUGAUGCAGCGUCGAAAAUCUGGAGGCAAGAAGGUGGUCGUGCAUUCUGGAAAGGAGGCCCAGCUCGAGUUUUCCGUUCCUCUCCUCAAUUUGGGGUUACCUUGCUGACGUACGAAAUAAUACAACGAUACUUCUACUUUGAUUUUGGCGGAGCUCCCAAAACAGAAAUGAAGCCAGUCAAUCCUGAUAUAUCUCUUCAUGCUGAUCAUAUCGGUGGAUUACGUCUGGCUGUCGCAUCUUUCGCUGGAAUAGAAACAAAAUUUGGACUAUGUCUUCCUGUUUUUCAAUCUCCCGGUCAAAAUGUCAAGAAAUAGUGCAAUGAAAAACACUCCAGCUUAAUGGAAUAGGAUAGAAAAUAUAUUAAUUAUUUUGAACUUUCUGUCGAUUUACUUUACAAUUGGGUAUAAAUAAUAGUGCGUGGGAAAAUGUUUACUAAAGCUCGCAAUAUAUAAUCAGGUUUUUUUAUUUUCACCAGACGUUCCACCUCACAGUCGCUUGCUGCCAGUGGAAUGUUUCACGAACGAUUUUUUCUUUGGGUUUUUUUUGUUUUAACGAGAUGUUUAACAAUUUAAAGUGACCUUUGUGUUUGUCCUGUGACUGUAGAGGCUAGAGCCAUGCAACCGGGUCCAGCGCCUGAUUAGAGUUUAAAAAACCAACGACACGGGCAAAAAGCGAAGUGUUAAGUGGAAAAUUUGCCAAUCGCUAACGAUGACUAAUAGUUCUAAUAUGAUCCUACUAAACCUGUAAUUUUUGGCUCGAAGAUAUAUAGCAAUAUAAAUUAUUUUUGUCCU